AUAGCCAAUAUACGGAAAUUCUGGCCGCAUGAGAGGAUCCUUGUUUACGACUUAGGAUUAAGCCUGCAAUCAGUGGAGGAGUUAAAAAAUAAGUGCCUAGUGGAGCUGCAAAACUUCCCAUUCUCUGAGUAUCCAUCAUAUGUGAAGAAUUUAUUGGAGUAUAGAUGGAAGCCGUUGAUAAUUGCGAUGGCAGUGAUGAAAUUCGGAGCAAUAUGGUGGAUGGACACUUCUGUAAGAUGGAAGAAGGACUAUCGCAAGUUGGUUUAUGAUGAGAUCCGGUGUCGAAAUGGCUCUAUUACUCAAGCGGUGCAGAGGUUGGUACUGUGUGCAUUGGAGAAGGACUGCAUGGCACCUCCAGGAUCGCAACGUUUUUGCAAUUUUGGCAGUGACCGUUUCAUGCAAUACGCCGAAUGUCAUCGGUAUGACCAGUCCGUGAUCAAUCUUCUGCUAGCCAACGCCUACGGAUACAACCCCAAAAAUUACGUCAGUCGCUUCGGAGAGGACGGGGUGGCUAUUCAGAGAUACGCUACGAACUCGUUAACAGCUGAAGAUUUUUUGUGUAACUGA